AUGGCAAACUGGGCAGAACUGCCUCGUGACCUCCUUAUUCCGAUUGCGCAGCGUAUUAAGGUGAUUGAAGAUUUUAUUGCUUUUGGUGUUGUAUGUACUUCAUGGCGAACUGCUGCCCCCAAGCAUAAUUUUGAUGUGCUUUCGCCCCAAGUUUCGUUGCUAAUGUUGGCCGAUAAAGAUGAUGAUUAUCGAGAAUUUUACUCUCUUUCCAAGCAAAUAGUUUCACGCAUAUUUCUCCCCGAAGUUAGAGGACGAGCGUGUUUUACAUCGGAAGGAUGGAUCUGCACCGCGGCAUACACUGGAGAGGUAAAUUUGUUGCAUCCUUUUUCCCGUACCCAAAUCCAACUUCCUCCACAAGAGGUCUUAUUGGCUUUUGAUUGUGACAAUCCAGAGGGAGGAUAUCCGUGCAUCGACCAAGCUGUGUUAUCUGCUAGCCCUUCCCUUACAUCUGAUUAUGUACUGGUGGUUUCUUUUUAUGGUUAUAAAAAUUGUUUGGCUUUUUGGCGACCGGAGACCUUAGCUGGACUAAUAUGA